UGCUCCUGCCGCCGGCUGCCUCGAAGUCCCUUUCGGGACAAAGGCUUCCCGGAGCCGGCCCUUCCUUGGAAAGAGGCUGCGAGGAUCCCGCGUCCGGGGCAUCCUAGCGCUAGACGAUGCUUUCCAGAUAGCUGAAGAACAAUGGGGAAGUUUGAAGAAGGUCCCUUUACCCCCUUCUCCUCAAAGGGGAAAGGCCCUUCUUUGGCAAGUCAUCGAACGUAACACUCUCUCUCUCCAUGGAUAAAGGGCACCCGUUACCUCAAGACUUCUGGGAGCUGCUGCAUUGCCUGAGGAUGAGGAGCAAAUACGCCAUCCUCCUGGUCUUUGUGGUAGCCCUUGUCAUUAUUGAGAAGGAGAACAACAUCAUCUCAAGGGUGUCCGACAAACUAAAGCAGUCUCCGCAGUCCUUGAUGGAAGCCAACAGCACGGACUCUGGCUCGGUGCUGCCAGAGAAUGGCUCCCUGCUGUCCUUAAGCGAGCUGGAUGCGGCUUUCUCCCAGCUCAGGAACCGCCUUCAGAAUGUCACUUUGCAGCUCGGGGGGACUUUGCCAGCGCCUGUUCAGGGAACCCGGAGACACAUUCUUCUCAUGGCCACCACCCGCACCGGCUCCUCCUUCGUGGGGGAAUUCUUCAACCAACAGGGCAACAUCUUCUACCUCUUCGAGCCGCUGUGGCACAUUGAAAGGACCGUGUCCUUCGAGACCGGAGGCGCCAACGCUGUGGGCUCAGCCCUUGUCUACCGGGACGUCUUGAAGCAGCUCUUCCUCUGCGACCUCUACAUCUUGGAGAACUUCAUCAUCCCGUUCCCGGAGGACCACCUGACCCAGUUCCUGUUCCGGCGUGGCUCCAGCCGCUCCCUGUGCGAGGAGCCCGUCUGCACACCGUUCGUCAAGAAGGUCUUUGAGAAGUACCACUGCAAGAACCGCCGCUGCGGUCCCCUCAACGUGACCCUGGCCAUGGAGGCCUGCCGCCGUAAGGAGCACAUGGCGCUGAAGGUGGUGCGGAUCCGGCAGCUGGAGUACUUGCGCCCGCUCGUUGAGGACCCUCGCUUGGACAUGAGGAUCAUUCAGCUGGUGAGGGACCCCCGGGCAGUGCUGGCUUCCCGCAUAGUCGCUUUUUCCGGGAAGUACGAGACGUGGAAGAAGUGGGCCACGGAAGGCACGGCGACCCUCAACGAGGACGAGGUGCAGCGGCUGCGGGGGAAUUGCGAGAGCAUCCGGCUCUCGGCGGAGCUCGGCUUGAGGCAGCCAGCCUGGCUCCGCGGCCGCUACAUGCUGGUCCGCUACGAGGACAUUGCCAGGUCACCCCUCCAGAAGGCCAAGGAGAUGUACCGAUUCUCGGGCGUCGCCAUCACCCCGCAGGUAGAGGAGUGGAUCCGCAAGAACACCCAGGCACCUCACAACAGCAACGACAUCUACUCCACCCAGAAAAACUCCUCUGAGCAGUUUGAGAAGUGGCGCUUCAGCAUCCCUUUCAAGCUCGCCCAGGUGGUGCAGAACGUCUGCAGCCCGGCCAUGAAACUCUUCGGCUACAAGCUGGCCGGCAGCCCCGAGGCCCUUACGAACAGAUCAGUCAGCUUGCUGGAGGAGAGGAGGACCUUUUGGGUCACGUAAAGGCACCACUUUGCCGGUGGAUUUUUCCGCAUCAUAGAUUUCUUGUCAGAUUGGAAAAGCUGGAGCGCAAGAAUUGUUGGAGGGGAAGCAGCGUGUAGCGCAAAGGGUGGAGAGGGGGGACGCCUUCGGCUAGCCUGCUUUGUGCUUCUGCUUACCUUGCGCUCUCCGUCCUCGCACCAAGGUGCUUUCUGCUUUUUCUGGGAGCAGGCAGUUACCUGCCUUUCAAAUCCCAGGCCCCUUGAUGGAUUUGUGAGGUGGCUGAGCUUCAAUACGAAGGAGAGUUCAGAAGCUGGCACAGGAUGGAGCGUGAAGCGCUGGGUUCUGUCUUCCCUACCUCAUGUUCACAUCCUCCUCAGCAGAGGAGGGCCUGUCUCUUAAUGCCUGGGGCAUUUGUUCACUAAACACCCAAAGAGAGAAAAUAUUCUAUUUUUGAAAGUUAUUAAAAAGAAAAAGAAAAGAAAUUGCUUUCACAUCCUGCUGGGGAGAUGUAAGAAAAGCAGAGUUGUUGCACUGGUAAUCGCCUCAGGCAGCCUUAAAUUUAGGGCUGAUAUUUGCGAGAGGGUGUGAAAGAGAGGAGAGAAACUUGUUCAUCCUUUUGACAAGAGGGUGUUUUGAACGUUUCCUACUUGAGACCCUCAGAUAAAGCAAUGCCUUGUUUAAACUUGAGGAGAUGUGUUUGGAUCACACCAGUCACCAGGGGAGGUGGGGGGGGGCUGGCUCUACCGACAGUAAUGAGAGGGUUUUGGCCUACACCACGGACAGUUUCGUGUGCUUGCUGCCUUUUGUCUUGCUUUGCACCUAAGCCCUUGGAAGAGAGACAGAAAGCAGGCUAUGAAAACAACAUUCGACGGGAGAGGAGAGGAAGAAUGGAAUAGCAUUCAGCCUGUGUCCCUGAGGAUCAAGCUUCCUCAGUGCCAUCAGCUGUUUUGGUCUCCGAUAGUCUAUUUUGAAAACAAACACCUGCCGUCUGGUUUUCUCACUUGUCACUGAAUCAAUUGUUACUGAAUCUCAUCCAGCCGACUGGAGGCGGCUAGAAACAAUAGCUGCUUUCUUGUGAGGUGACAGAAGGCUGUGGCUUUAACUGUGUUUCCCACCCUGAUUGCUCCUCCUUACCUCCAAUAAUUGUUUUUGUGUCCUUUUCAAGUGCUGGUUGGAAACUGCCAAUAGUUCUUUCUCUGCAAUUUCAGAGUGGGGGUUGUUUUGUAUAGAGCAGGCCUGCCAAAACACAGAGGGGACGAAGCAACAGGCUAGUGGAGCUGGUUCAGUGAUAGGAAAUGGAAAUGGUUUCUACAACAGCAAGAAACAAGAUCUCUGAGAGCCGUCAAUAAGCUCCUCUUAUUCCUUUCCGGUUGUAGGUUCACAUUUUCGUUGCUUUGCUUCAAGUGAAUGCAACCAAGUAAGAAACCACCCAAUGAAUCUUUAGCACAUGUCAGCCCCUGCUAUCAAACUGAAGCACUUAUUAACUUACUUGCCCUGCCUGGACUUGAGCAUCCAAGGUGGAAAUACUGAGUUUAUUCCAGAUGAGUAUAUAUAUAUAUAUAUAUAUAUAUAUAUAUGCGCCAGAGGGGAAGCUGUGGUAGCAAAAACAACAAAGGGCCUUGCCUUGUGUCACCAUGAAUACAAAAGGAUGUAAUAUAAUGGCAUAUACCAAGAGUAGCAGGAGAUAUGUCACAUUUCUGAGUGGAGACAGAUAUAAGACUCUGAUCCAUUCUUCACAGUUGUCACAGUUCUUUCUUGCAAUGCUAAUUUAACACCUUAAAAAAGAAACAAUUGCUUUCUGUAAUAGGUAAAAUAUCUCCAAUCUCAAUUGGCUGAGAUGUCUAUGGAGUCAUAUAUUAUUAGAACCUUCAUUUCCUUUUGUUUCUUUCUUUCUUUUAACAAAUGCCGUUCAGCCAGAAGCUGUUAAUGCUUACGGCAUUUAAGACCAUUGCUCUAUUUUUUUUUGGGGGGGGGGAGAAUGGGGAGAGAAUUGCCGAAUAAGUAACUGCAUUUUACUUUAACCCGCUCAGAAUAGAACUGUAUGCAUCACGGUCCUAUUUUCCUGACAUGAAGUGAGUGAUCAGGGAAUGAAAAGAGGAUUUUUGCACAGCUGCGGGGAAAAAAUAUCAUCUCUCCACCCCACCCAGAAAAAACAGUUGAUUAUCUAAACAGAAAAUUUAUACCAUGGUGUAGUAGAAGAUAAAAAGAAAGAGUAUGCCGCUGAACAGAAGGUUAAGAAAAAUGCUUCUGGGUUGCCAUUAACUCUUUCCAAAAUGUCUUCCAAAGUUCCAAAGCUAGGUUUUCCACAGAAAGCAUCACAGAGGAAGUGGGUGUUCACAUCAGCUAAUUUUCACCCAGUUGGAUGACUUCACACACUCAAGAUUACUAGCACCAGUCACCUGUACAGCAAAUGAGCACAAAUUAUUUUUUCCCCUCCACCCUCCCCUUAUUAACCUGUCUUCGGUGGAGAUAAUUUGCCUGACUGAUAAGUGGUGACAAACCUCGCUGUCUCACACAUUCAGCAAUCAGCCGAGUUACCAAAUGAUGCCUAUGAUGUGUGAAAUUUCCCUCAGUCGUAAUUCAGGGAAGCCUUUAAACAAGGGUUGUGCAUUCAUUUCCAGUCCAGGACAGCGCCAUGGGCAAAGGAGAUGGAUGUGGGUGCAGUCCGCAUGGAUCUGGAGUUCUUCUGCACACAGCAGGCAUUGAGAGCACCUGCCCCACUGUUGAAGGGAACCCUCUUGUCUAUGGUGGGGAAGGGCUGGUUCUUAGAUGCAAGCAAAAUUCUCUUUUGGGGGUCACUGUAGGGAAAUGUUCAUGCUCUGUUGCAGUGUUUCCAAAACUUAGGUCUCCUGCUGUUUUUGGAGUACAAUUCCCAUCAUCCCUGACCACUGGUCCUGUUAGCUAGGGAUGAUAGGAGUUGUAGUCCAAAAACAGCCAGAGACCCAAGUUUGGGACACGUUGCUCUUAUAUAACUUGGCAUAGAGUGAAACGGAGUCCUGCUGAAUGGUGCGCAUUGAUGUAUAUACGUAAAACACUUUUUUGGGAUCACUCGAAAGCUCCAUUGAUAUACGUUCAUAUGUUUUGGACAACCAACUCCCAUUGGCCCCAACCAGCACGGCUGCUUCUAGCCCAAAAUGUCUGAAGGCACCAGACUGGUGAAACCUGGUCUAGAGCAGGAUGGUUGCAUCCACAGCUGCAACAUCCACUCACAUGGCGGCUCAGGUGAAUUCUGGGUUUAUGUACUAGCAGAUAUUAUUAGUGUGGUGCGGAGCUGCACAAUCUGCCCAAACCACGUGGUUAGAGGUUAUGGAUGCAGGAGACAGUAUGAUAUGGCACAUGCUACGAAAUGUAUAACUGAGGCUUAAAUGUCAGUUUCUACACAGAAGAAAUAUUGAGGAAAAGCUACCUGUGCCGUUGUCAUAACGUUAGGACACGUGCUUGCUUUUUGCCUUGGUUGGGAAGCUACAUACAGGUGGCAAAGCAAACACUUCUACUGACUUUGCACCUAAUGGUGCAAAUUCUUUUCCCUGCAGGGUGGACAUCUCAGUGGAGGCAGAAUGCUACCUAUGAAACAGUCUUAAGCAGGACGAGGGUCAGAUGCAGCAUAGCUUGCUCUCUCUCUUGAAUAUUACUAGAAGGAAGCAUGGCCCAAACAUGGCCUCUUCCAAAGGACACAGUACAGAGGUGUUGGGAUAGCUGUGAGAACUUUCUAUGAAAAACAAUAUGGACAGUCUUUACUUCUGAAUCUCAAGAUAUCCAGUCCACAGGCAGGUAGGAUACUUUAACAGCCCCCAUGCCCAUUGGAAAUUAUUCUGGUUUAUGGCAAGUUUCAGCCAGCACUGUGUUCACUAUGUGUUGCUUCUGCUGUUGCUUAAUUUUAAUUGUGCUUUCACAUUCUGUUGUGUUGUUGUUUUCAAAAAAAGUACAACUGUGGCUUUGCAGCCAUAAUUUCUUUACAUCUACAAAAUGGUUCCAGUUUUGUAUGUUUUCUGUCUGUCUUUAGCUGUAAAAUGUGCAGUGGGUUUGUUUAUUUAUUUAUUGUAUGGGGGGGGAGGUGAAGAUGAAAAAUAACUUUAUUAGCAGGAAUUGGGACUGCACCAAAAGAAAAACAGACUCGGAAAUGUUUCCCAAUAAAUAGAAAUGCAAUUAAAUUAA